ACCCCUUGUAACGUUUGUUUUAAAUCAAUUCUCUACUGAAAGACACUCUCGUAAGAACGAUCAUCGCCAUUCUCGAUUCGAGCAAGAUGGGUAGCACAGGGAGCGGAAACGGAGGCGACGUUGAGGCUGGAUUCGCCAAGCUUCAGGGCGAGGACUUCGAAUACUACAUGCAGACCUACUCCAUAAUUCUGGGUAGGAACAGCAAGAAAUCGACGGUGGACGUCGAUCUCUCAUGCCUCGGUGGUGGAAUGAACAUUUCCCGUCACCAUGCUCGCAUCUUCUAUGACUUCCAGCGUAAACGCUUUGCUCUUGAGGUCAUCGGGAAGAAUGGCUGCUCCGUCGAGGGUGUUCUUUACCUUCCGGGAACCCCACCUGUGAAGCUCGAUUCACAGGACCUUCUUCAGAUUGGAGACAAGAAAUUUUAUUUUUUACUUCCUGUUCGAAGUAUUCUUGGAGCCUCUGCUUCUUCUCGUCAUAUCCCCACCCACCAUCCUCCGCCCCCAUUUCCUUCUUCGACUGGGCGUUUGAGUACUUCUGCCCGUCUCACCAAAGCACCUCCCUCACCGAUAUUUGGUCAGAAGAAGGGUAGGAUCAGGGCACCGAGUGAUUAUAUGGAUGAUGAUGACGAUGAUGAUGAUGAUGAUGAAGACGAUGAAGAUGAUGGCCACAUCAUUCCUGCUGGGAACAGGAAGUUGCGGAGGCCCGGGGAUGGUCAUGAAAUGUUCGGGUAUAGUGGGGCAGCUACUGGAAAGGCAGGACCUUCGUCUGGAUCAAUGGCAGAGAAAAAGGGAGAGGCAAGGUCAAGGGCUGACAGAGAUGCAGAUAAUCAUCAGCUUUUGCAGUUGGAAGAAAAAGAUGUUGUUUCAUCUGUUGCUACUGUGCUUUCUGAUCUUUGUGGUCCGGGAGAGUGGAUGCCGAUGGCAAAACUUCAUGCUGAGCUGUUAGAGCAGUAUGGCAGUAUCUGGCAUCACACUCGUGUGAGGAGAUAUCUCACUUCUGAGGACUGGCCUGCGAAUGAAUCCAAUGGAAGACCAUGGUAUGGCCUGCUUACAUUGCUAAGAAAAUACCCAGAACACUUUGUCAUCAACACAAGGGUCAAAGGACGGUUAACAUCAGAGUUUGUUUCGUUAGUAUCCCUGCUUUCAUAAAAUCACAAACAUCACAUUGUCCUUCCAUAGCAUAGAGAGAUCAACUUUGUUGUUUUCUUUUUUGGUAGGCAAUUAGGCUAUGUUUGGUUGCAAGGGAAAUUAAAAUGGAAGGGAAGUGAAAUUUUCAAACUUAAAAAAAAAAGAACUUUUGUAAUCAUCACUUCAUGUGACUAUAUAACUAACUCCAAAUCAUUCCAUAUUUGAUUAUUAAAUUUCCCUUUCCUUCUCUUUUAUUCCCAUUGCAAUCAAAUGGAGCCUUAGGAACUCAUGAACCCUGAAAAUGGUGUUGUAAGAGAGGGGUUCCGUACUGCUUAAGGGGUAAUACCCACAGUUUCAGAAUAUGUAAAUGACAAAAAGGUUUAAUUUCUGAACAUAGUUACAUA